UUGAGUUUUCCAGCAACAAAAGGUUUUUAUUCAAAGAAAUGAGUUGUGUAAGCAUGAAGCUCCCUUUGAUUGAUUUGAGCAACCUAGGAGAAGAUGAUUCUCCAAGGUGGGAAUCAACCAAAAUGAAAAUUCGAGAAGCCCUUCAAGAAUAUGGGUGUUUUGAAGCUACAUUCAAUAACAUUAUUCCUCUUGAGUUGAGGAAAUCAGUUGGUGAUGGGAUUCGACAAAUUUUCGAUCUCCCUUUAGCCAUCAAACUACUUAACAAAAAUUCACACAAACCUUUCCAUGGGUAUGUUGGCCAAAACAAUUUCAUUCCACUCUAUGAAAGUAUGGGCAUCGAUGGGGCCCUCUCGUCUCACGCAGUCGACACUUUUGCCAACCUCAUGUGGCCCGAUCAAGGCAAUCCCACUUUCAGCAAGGAUAUACAUCAAUACUGUGAGAAACUGUCUGAACUGGACAAGAUUGUGAGGCGGAUGGUAGUGGAGAGCCUUGGACUAAAAGGCUACACCGACGACUUCAUCAAUUCCACCGAUUACGUCUGUCGAUUCCAAAAAUACGAGGCGCCUCAAACCCCUCACGCAACGCUCGGGUUACUUCCCCAUAUGGACAAUAACAUUGUCACCACAUUGCAUCAACUCAAUCAUGUUAAUGGUUUGCAGAUUCUUACCAAAGAUGGCAAAAAUUGGAUCCCUGCAGAUCCAACAUCGCCCGAUUCAUUCGUCGUCAUGAUUGGUACCUCUUUCCAUGCAUGGACAAACGGGAGACUGCAUGAUCCGUACCACAGGGUGGUGGUGAGCGGGGAUGAAGCUCGAUACUCUAUCGGAUUGUUUUCAGUUCCAAAAGAAGGGUGCAUGGUUAAGACUCCGGAAGAGUUGGUUAACGAAGAUAACCCGUUGCUCUACAAGCCUUUUGAUUACUUCAAGUUCAUUGAUUUCAUGUCCACAGAUGCCGGUAGAACCUCUCCGGAUCCUCUCAAGGAAUAUUGUGGAGCCUAAACUCGUCUCCAUGCAUGAUUCUCAGCUUAUGUAUAUGCUUCUUCCAGUUUUUAAUUUAUAGUUAAUUUACUGCUAUAAUAAUAGAAGCUUUGAUGCUUCAAAUAAAGGUGAUAAGCUCAUUUCUGGGUUUCUUUUGUCGGUUCUUUUCCCGAAUCGCGAAAGAAGAGUCGAACCGCAUAUUAUAUAUUUGAAGUUUGUAUCCAUUCAUAAUGUUAAAAAACAUCCUCUUACUCUCCAA